AUGUCAAAGCUUAGACACCUUUUAUCGUCGAGGAAUUGGUCGAAGGACGAUGUGAGUUCAGUCGUUGCGGUUGAGAAGAGUAAAACAAAGGAUCUGGGCAGCCUCGACCCGGUGACCAAUGCUGCUACGCUGUCGCUGCUCAACACAGAGGAGGGCGAUAACGCUGACGAUGCCGAGGAGGCACAUUACCACGAUACACAGGUGAAGAGAGCGUUGAAGCAGAGACACAUUGGGAUGAUUGCGCUGGGUGGGACGAUCGGUACGGGUCUGUUCGUCGGUAUCGCGACGCCGCUGACGAACGCGGGGCCUGUCGGCGCCCUGAUCGCUUAUCUGUUCAUGGGGUCCAUCAUCUACUUCGUGACGCAGUCGCUGGGUGAGAUGGCCACAUUCAUUCCCGUGACGUCGUCGAUCACAGUGUUCUCGAAGAGGUUCUUGUCGCCGGCGUUCGGCGUGGCCAACGGGUACAUGUAUUGGUUCAACUGGGCGAUCACGUAUGCGGUUGAGAUCUCUGUGGUGGGCCAGGUGAUCCAGUUCUGGACUACGGCGGUGCCGUUGGCGGCCUGGAUUUCGAUUUUCUGGGUGCUGGUCUCGCUGAUGAACUUUUUCCCGGUGCGGUUCUAUGGUGAGGUGGAGUUUUGGGUCGCAUCCGUCAAAGUUAUCGCGAUAGUCGGUUACCUGAUUUACGCAUUGGUUAUUGUCUGUGGUGGUUCUUCUCAGGGGCCUAUAGGCUUCCGCUACUGGAGACAUCCGGGGCCUUGGGGUGCAGGUAUCAUCGCAAAGAGCAAGAGCGAGGCUAGGUUUUUGGGCUGGGUCUCGUCUUUGAUCAAUGCCGCAUUCACGUAUCAGGGAACCGAAUUGGUCGGUAUCACUGCGGGCGAGGCCGCCAACCCUAGAAAAUCGGUCCCAAGGGCCAUCAACAAGGUGGUGUUCAGAAUCGCGAUGUUCUACAUCAUGUCGCUAUUUUUCGUUGGAUUGCUGGUCCCAUAUAACGAUCCUCGUUUGGCUAGCACCAGCGCUGUUAUAGCGUCUUCGCCCUUCGUCAUCUCUAUCGAAAACGCGGGCACAAAAGUUCUACCGCAUAUCUUUAAUGCAGUCGUCAUGAUCACUAUCCUUUCUGCCGCCAACUCGAACGUUUACGUCGGGUCCCGUGUACUGUAUGCGUUGGCUCUAAGCGGGAACGCUCCCAAACAGUUCGGAUACGUGACCAAGCAUGGGGUUCCGUACCUUGGUGUCAUCGCCACGUCGUUGCUUGGUUUGCUUGCAUUUUUGGUGGUCAACAAUAACGCCAACGUCGCUUUCAACUGGUUAAUUAACAUCUCAACGCUUGCUGGGUUGUGUGCUUGGUUGUUCAUCUCCCUGUCGCACAUCAGAUUCAUGCAAGCACUGAAAUUCCGGGGAAUCUCAAGAAACGAUUUACCAUUCAAGGCGAAGCUAAUGCCCUGGGGCGCUUAUUACGCUGCAUUCUUUGUCACAAUUAUUAUCUUCAUCCAAGGUUUCCAAUCAUUCGCUCCGAAAUUUAAUGUAUCGGGCUUUUUUACUGCUUACAUUUCACUCAUUGUGCUCGCAGUCAUAUUUGUGGGAUGCCAGUUGUACUACAGGUGUCGAUUCCUAACCAAGAUAGAGGAAGUGGACAUCGACUCCGACAGGCGGGAAAUUGAGUGCAUCAUUUGGGAAGAAGAGGAACCAAAAACCUGGUGGGAUAAGUUUUGGGCUGCCGUGGCAUAG